CGAGGUGGAGGCGCGCGUUUCGGGGUCUCUGCGCGGGUGUGGGGCGCGGAGCCCGGUCGCCAGGGCGCGGGCGUCAUGUCAGACAACGAGGACAAUUUUGAUGGCGACGACUUUGAUGAUGUGGAGGAGGAUGAAGGACAAGAUGACUUGGCGAAUGCUGAGGAGGAGGGCCAGGAGAAUGUGGAGAUCCUCCCCUCUGGAGAGCGACCGCAGGCCAACCAGAAGUGGAUCACCACACCAUACAUGACCAAGUAUGAGCGAGCCCGCGUGCUGGGCAUCCGAGCACUCCAGAUCGCGAUGUGUGCCGCCGUGAUGGUGGAGCUGGAGGGGGAGACAGAUCCCUUGCUUAUCGCUAUGAAAGAGCUCAAGGCCCGAAAGAUCCCCAUCAUCAUCCGGAGCUUCCUGCCUGACGGCAGCUAUGAAGACUGGGGGGUAGACGAGCUCAUCAUCACGGACUGAGCUGGACUCAUCUUCCAACUGCGCCUCCCCCCACCUCCUGUUCCCACACUCUGCCCGUGUAAAUAAUAAACUAUUAACCUUUC